AUGAUUUCGGAGAAGGAAUCACUUGAGAUUGAUAUUCAAGAUCGCGGGGGUACCUGUAAAUCAAGAAACGAGAAGAUGUCGGUUGAUGAAGAAGGGUAUUUGAAUUGGGUUUGGAGGAUUGCAUGGGAUUUAACAGAUGAGGACAGUAAAAAUGGAGUGAAGUUCUCACUCAAAGUGGGUCUGGCUGUUCUUCUGGUGUCUAUACUUGUUCUCAUAAGAGCACCUUCUGAUGUCUUCGGGACAAACAUUGUCUGGUCCAUCCUCACAGUCGCUGUCAUGUUCGAGUAUACAGUCGGUGCAACAUUCAAGCGGGGAUUCAACAGGGCACUUGGGAGUUUGCUUGCCGGGAUUUUAGCCAUUGGGGUCGGCCAGCUAGCUCUGCGGGCAGGCCGCAAUGUCGAGCCUGUUCUGAUCGGUGUCAGCAUCUUCCUGAUCGGGGUUAUCACGUCGUUUAUGAAAUUAUGGCCGUCAAUGGAGCCAUACGAACACGGAUUGAGAGUUGUGCUCUUCACUUAUUGUGUGAUUGUAGUUUCCGGGUACCGAAUGGGGAACCCCAUCCAGACUGCCAUGGAAAGGCUUUACUCUAUAGCGAUAGGAGGGAUCGUGGCCAGUCUGGUGAAUGUGCUCGUCUUUCCUACAUGGGCGGGCCAGCAACUUCACAUGGAACUCGUAGAUGGCUUUAAUGCAGUCGCCGACUCCCUGGAAGAAUGUGUGAAGAAGUAUCUGGAAGAUGAGGAGAUAGAUCUUGCAGAGCUCUGCAAAGUGGUGAGUGAAGAGUUUCCUGAUGAGAUGGCGGCUUACCAGAAAUGCAAAGCAACAUUGAGCUCUUCCGCGAAGCUACAAUCUCUGGCCGAUGCUGCAAAAUGGGAGCCACCUCAUGACAGAUUCAAGAACUACUUCCAUCCAUGGUCAGAUUACAUCAAAGUCGGUGCAGUUCUUAGGCACUCUGCCUACGGAGUUAUGGCUCUUCAUUGUGUUCUGAAUUCGGAGAUUCAGGCACCACAUGCACGCCGGAUAACAUUCAAGUCGGAGAUGAGAGAAGCGACAAGCCAUGCCACGGAACUACUCCGAACCCUAGCCAAUGAUAUAAACAACAUGAAAACAGGGGAUAAGACCUCGCUUCUUAAGAGUAGCGACGGUUCCAUGGAAAGACUGCAAACUGCCAUAAACAUCCACUGGCAAACCCUAAUGGCUCAACCUUUAGAUAACUCUUCCUGGCCAGUGACAAAACAGAGUAACAAAUCGAGAGAAAUGGAAACGAGUAAAACCCCGAAAGGCACAGAGACAUACCAUGAGAUGAUGAGGAAGAACCCGAGGAGGCUGAGGAUCAAAGAGUGUGAAAGAAUAGGAUCACUGUCGGUCACUAGCUUCGUCACUUUGCUUCUCGAGUUGAUAGCUCGGCUUGACCAUUUGGUCGAUGCGGUUGAUGAGCUCUCAAUAUCUGCUAAGUUCAAUCAAGAGGCUGCAUGGUAAUGAAGGCAUCUCAUCUUGUACCUCCAUUUGCAUACAACAGUUGAAGCUGUAAUGCUUGCUUUGUUUAAUAACAUCAUACAAAUAUUCUCAUCAUGCAUGUCAAGCAAUAAGAAUACACAGAACUUACAAAAAAAUUUACAAACAGCAGAGCGAGUAACAUUGCAAUAGAGGCUUAUUAUUAUCAGAAUGUUUGACAAACCAACCGACACAGGUGGGCAACCUCUAUUCACAAAUCACAUUAGACCUGCUGAAUAUAAAUAUGUACAGGAAAUAAGGCAAAAGACAAGACCCGACCUCAUUCGACUUGACCCGACCCGACCUGACCCGACCUAACUAGACUGACCCCUAACUGACUUUCCAAAUUCCCACCUGGUCAUUACAACAUAACGUGACGGCUCACCACAUGAGAGAGGAACGUCCCUUCAUGUGUGAGAAUACAAUGCAGGCAUAU